AUGGUGUGUUCUAUAACAAUCCUAUUCAUGAUGCUCAUCUUCGUAAUCAUGUCUAUUGCCUGCUUCCGAUGGAAGAUGAACAGAGGACUAGGUUUUACCAUGUUCCUGCUCUACUUCGUGUUUGUCGCGGUGUCACUCAUGUUCGAGUACCAGUACCUUGUAUGUCCUUUCUAGAUCAUUCGAAGGAAACACUAUAUUAAACUUAAG